UGAGUAUCAGAGGCUGGCAGCAGUCCCAGGCGGUGGCCGUGCAUCUGUGAAUUCCUUAGGAUGCGGCCCGAGCGCAGUGCUCCACCCACCUACAGUGCAAGCUAAUUUGUUGAAGUUUUGUUUUGAAUGAGUAGAAGGGUCAGACUGGAAUCAGGAUGGAAUAUUAAGGUGGCAGCUGUAUUACACAGGAUUGAAUAUUUCCUAGUCAUUGAAGGGGCUGUUGUGAUAGUGUCUCUAUCCCUGAGCCAGGAGGCUUGUGUUCGAGUCCCACAUGUUCCAAAGCAAGAUGCCAGCUCCUGUUCGAUUGCGAGAGCUGAUUCGCACUAUCCGUGCUGCCAGGACGCAAGCGGAAGAACGAGAAGUCAUUCAGAAAGAAUGUGCGCUCAUCAGAUCGUCCUUUCGAGAGGAAGACAACACAUACCGUUGUCGAAAUGUGGCAAAACUUAUCUACAUGCAUAUGCUUGGGUAUCCAGCACACUUUGGUCAGCUUGAAUGUUUAAAGUUAAUAGCAUCUCAGAGAUUCACAGACAAGAGAAUUGGUUAUCUUGGAGCUAUGCUGCUUCUAGAUGAGAGACAAGAUGUACAUCUACUGAUGACUAACUGCCUUAAGAACGACUUGAGCCACAGCACACAGUUUGUCCAGGGGCUGUCUCUCUGUACAUUGGGCUGUAUGGGGUCAUCAGAUAUGUGCAGAGAUCUGGCUGGAGAGGUGGAGAAACUGUUGAAGAACUCCAACUCGUACAUUCGUAAAAAGUGUUACUGAGUCACAAACCUGGGUCUCCCUCCAAGUGCCAUUGUUGGCGUACCUACACCAAAUGGACUGCAGCAGUUCACAAAGGUAGACUCAC